UUCUCCAAAGCACCCCUUACAAAGUGUUUGAACCUUGGGAUUAUACAGUAUAGUCCUGUAGGAGGAUCACCUGUCGUUGGAGAUAGAACGAUGAGAAAAAGAGUUUAUUAUUGCAGCGAGCGAUAGAGCGAGAAAAUCUCGUAUAUCACAAGGAACUAGAAAGAUGCACAGAGAAACACCAUCAAACCGACAUUAGAUACAGACGAGGACCAAGAGCCAGUCGAGAUCGUCAUAGUACUUCCCUUUUAUCACUCUGAGUCGGAUUCGUAACUGCGAUUUGCAGACCUCAGAUGCAGAAUUUCUUAGUGCACAGUUCUUGUGAAUUUGAAAUUGGAUAUUUCAAGACCUGGGCGAACAAGGAGCCCUCCUGGUUUGAUUGAAUUGGGGCUGGUUCGUUAGAUUUGUUGAUGAAGGACAAGGGAACUAGGUUACGACUAGAGGGAGUUGAGGACACUUGACAUUUGAGUUGACUGACCAGGUGGUGUCCGAGCCUAGACUCUUGUGCAAUGGUGUGCUCUUGACAAGGCAUCAUGGUUCAGGGACGUUCGCGACAACAAGGUGUCGGGAAUGAGCCGAUCCAACGAGAGCGGGACCUUCAUGAGAUAAAGUUCGAAAAUUAGAGAAGGCAAGUAGAAGAAUUGACCCAGUGCUUGGCGCAAAAUCCAGCCCCAACACACUAUGAUGACAGUAGUGAGUAGGAAGCUGAUUUUGAGAACCCUUUCCAUGUGCACGCUCCUCAUUGGGAGCCCCAUGUUUGGGAUAAUAGAUCUUGGGAUCUAGGUAUUAAUGUUGAUCUACCAGAGUUUGCGGGAGGAUUGCAAGAAGAAGAAUUUAUUGAUUGGAUUGAUUCUAUCGAGCGCCUCUUCGGAUACAAAGAUGUGCCCGAUGAUAGGAAGGUGAAGCUUGUGGCUAUUAGGCUUAAGGGCUGUACAUCAACAUGGUGGGAGCAUUUGAAAAAGACUCGGGAAAGAUGGGAAAAUCCAAAAUCUUUGAUUGGGAAAAGAUGAAGAAAAAGUUAAGGGAGCAGUUCUUACCCUUUAACUAUACCCAGAUGAUGUUUCAACGACUUCAUACCGGUCAUUAAGGAGGGAGGUCCGUUGAUGAUUAUACUGAGGAGUUCGAUCAACUAGUUGCAAGGAACAACUUGUUUGAGAUUGAAGAGCAACAGGUUGCCCGAUAUAUUGCGGGACUGGGCCAAUCAAUUCAUGAUAUCCUAAUUUCAUACUCUCUAUGGACUAUAUCGGAAUCCUAUCAACGAGCUUUAACUGUAGCUAAGCAACAGUCCAGGAGCAGAGCUAGUACAACCACGAGAGGAGAUUCGGGUCUCCGAACAGGCCAGUUUCAAGAUCGUGGUGCUAGGCUUGAAGAUGCAAGAGUUCAGGGCAGCAACUGAACUCUCCAUUGUUUCAUGUGCGGGGAGACGGGUUACAAGGCUGGAGACUGUAGGAAGCCGCAUAACCGUCCUGAUAAAAGCAAGCAACUCAUGAUUGUGGAUGAGAACUUAGAUGAUGCUGAUGGGUAUGACUGUGAUACAGUUUAUGAUGAGGAGCCAGAUGAGGAUGAUCUUGUCUAUGGAGAUGUUGGAGAGUCCUUAGUUAUUCGAAAGAGCCUAUUAACGCCUAAGCAAGAAACUCAAGAGGAUUGGUUAAAGACUAAUAUUUUUCACACCGCCUGUACCAUUGGAGGCAAGGUGUGCAAGCUUAUUAUUGAUAGUGGGAGUUGUGAAAAUGUAAUCUCACAAGAUGCGAUCACAAAGCUCAAGCUAGGCACAAAGAAGCAUCCCCAACCAUACAAGCUUACUUGGUUCAAGAAAGGGCAAUGAGAAGCCCUUCUCGGAAUUGGGUCAAGAAAUGGAGCUGACCACCACCAUUAAAGAUGUCUUCGACCGAGUCUCCAAAAAGCAGAGACUCUCUUCCUCGAAGACUCAAGAAGUAAUUGACCUUGUUGAGCAAGAAAUCGAACAGGUACUCAGUAAGAUCCAACAACCUCCCCCUCCAAAUGGGGGAGAGACCAACCCAAAAGCCAUCCUUGCUGAGCUGAAUGCCAAGCUUAAGGAAUUUGGCCCGACAAACCAGCUGGAUUCCUCGCAAAAGGACCUCAACAUGGCUCUAGGCAAGUAUACUAAAGUCAUCGACAAGACCUUCAUCACUGACAUAGCCAAGGCCUAUCGAAGUGUCGAUUUCGAUCAACACACCCUCAACCAAAUUAUUGCUGCUCACUUCUAUCGCCAAGGUCUUUUUGACCUCGGUGACCUCUUCACCACUGAAGCUCAUGAGCCUGACCUAGUCUCCCUCAAGGCCCCCUUCCUCGAAAUGUAUGCCAUCCUUGAGGCCAUGCGGCUCAAGAACCUUGAGCCUGCCCUCAACUGGGCUCGCACUCAUCGUGAUCAACUGUUGCUCAAGGGCUCGAGCCUUGAGAUGAAGCUUCACAGGCUAGCAUUUGUGGAGAUGCUCCAGAAGGGUGGGGAUGCAAGAGCAGAGGCUCUAGCCUAUGCUCGCACCCACCUGGCACCCCUGGCUCGAACCCACAUGGCUGAGGUCCAAAGGCUCAUGGGGUGCCUAUUAUGGGCUGGUCGGCUUGACGCGAGCCCUUAUGCUGAGCUCUUAUCACCUUCUCAAUGGGAAUUACUUGAAAACGAAGUGGCUCGUGAGUGUUGUGGGGCCUUAGGGCAAUCAUGCGAGAGUCCGUUGCAUGUGGCCAUAGGGGCUGGGGUGCAAGGCCUGCCAACUUUGCUCAAGUUAGCGAAUGUGAUGGCAGCCAAAAGGCAAGAAUGGGGGGCCAUGAAGCAGUUGCCAAUAGCUGUGGAGUUGGGCAAAGAGUAUCAGUUUCAUUCAGUUUUUGUCUGCCCGGUUUCAAGGGAGCAAGGGAGUGAGGAGAACCCACCCAUGAUAAUGCCUUGUGGGCAUGUGUUGUGCCGAGGGUCAAUCAUGAAGCUUUCGAAGAGCAGCAAUAGGGCGUUCAAGUGCCCAUAUUGCCCAAUGGAGGCUACGGUCUUGCAGUGUAGGCAACUUCACUUCUAAUGUAAUCUGUGGCUUGGGUUGUUUGUUAUGCUUGUGUAAUUGUAGAGAAUGGUUGUUUGGACUGGUGGUAGUGGUGAUGGUGGUGGUUGUUGGGGAAAGAGGGGAGGGAGGAUGGUAGAGGGGUGGGGUACAUGUCGUUGGGGUUGGGGUUGUCGGCCUUGCCAUUGUCGUGGGGAGCUGUAAAUAUAGAUUCUUUUGUUAUGCGGCUUGGCUGUGGUGGUGCUUAUGGGUAUGUUCAUGUUCGUUUC